GCAGUGCACUCAAAUUGAGAAAGCGACUAGAAUCCCAUUGCCUGGGCCUCCCAAGGCAUGAUAGCUUGCGAUUCAAUGCAUUACGACUAAUAGGCCGCUAAAAAUGUCACAGAAACCUCAGGAACUUGGGCAGCGAGGCCAGGUGCUAGAUGUCUUGCCUCCGGGACCAAUUCAUCGGAACCGCAGACAGGUGGUCGCCAAAUUUGCGCACCGCCUGCCGCCCUUCCGUGAGCCCGGCACCACCUUCACCGUGACGCCCGACAACCGGGUCGCGGUGCUGGCGGAGGCGGUGGCGGCCGCGGCGGCGGCGGCAGGUGGCGCCGGCGCCGUCAAGAAGCGGGAGGAGACCGUCAGCCGGCUGCGGCCCACCACGCAGCCGAACGCGGCGGCGGCCACCGAGCUCAAGACGCCGCUGCUGCUGGAGCAGCGGGAGGGAGGCGCCACGUCGGGACCGCCCGCGGCCGUGUACAAGGGCGUGCCCGAGGCGGGCGCCGGCAGCAAUGUGGGCGAGGGGCCGCCGCUGCACUACGUCCUGUUCCGCGCGGGCAACCGCGUCAUAGCGCUGCCGGCCGACCAGUGGUUCAGCUUCAAGCCGCACGUGGACAGGCGAGGUAUGGCUGACUCCACGGCGGCUCAGACGCGGCAGGCGGCGCCGGUGCCGGCGGUGGGGGGCCGCGGGCGCGGUGCCGCCAAGGACGCCGGGCCUGCCGACUUCUUCGCCUCCCGCCUCAUCCCCAAGUCCCAGCGCCUGGAGAAGCAGCGGCAGGAGGAGGAGGCUCGCGAGCGGCAGGAGCAGGUGGCGGCGGGGCGGCUGCUGGUGGACGACGACCUGGCGGGUGGUGGCGGCGGCGGCGGCGGCGGCGGGCGGCUGAAGCGGUACGUGGACGAAGACGACAUGGAGGCCGAGCUGUUUGGCGGUGACGAGGACGACGAUCUGGCCGGGGGGCAGGGCGGCAAGUUUGGCAAGGGAGGCAAGAAAGGCGCGGGCGGCGGCUCCAAGGGGCGGCGGGGCGGCGGCGAUGACGACCUGGAUCUGGAUCUGGACGAGGUGCCUGAGGACUUGUACGGCGGGGUGGACGACCAGCUGAGGCCGGAGAAACCCGAGGAGGCUGAGGACUGGGAGCACGAGUUCAACCCAGACGACGACGACCAGGACCAGGGCGCGGACUCGGAGUACGAGGACGACCCCGGCAUGCGCAAGAAGCUGGGCAUUGAGGGCGACGACGAGGACGAGGACGGCGAGGACGACACCAACAGGAAGCUGCAGAAGCUGGGAGACCCCGACGACGAGGAGGAGGAGGAGGAGGAGCGGAAGAAGGCGGAGGCGGAGCGGCAGCAGCAACAGCUUCAGCUGCAGCAGCAGCAGGCGGCCGCCGCCGCCGCCGCCGAGGAGGAGGAGGGCGGCGAGGAGGAGGGCGAGGGCGAGGAAGACGACAGCGACCUGGACGACCUGGACGAGAUGGAUGAGGACGUGUUGCCAGCGCCGCGCGCCCAGCCCGUCAAGCAGCCGCCCGCGCCCGUACCCGUGCCCAAGCCGGCUCCGGCUCCGCCGCCCGCGCCCGCGCCUGCAGCUGCAGCUGCGCCAGCGGCAUCCACGCCCGCUGCGGCGCCGGCCGCUGCUGCUGCUGCUGCCGCGAGUGCGGGCGGCAAGCGCAAGGCGGACGAUGCACGGCCUGUGCAGGACGGAGCAAAACGCGCACGCACGGCCACGCCACCGCCCGCUGCUGUCGUGGCUGCUGCGGCCGUGGCAGCGAAACCAGCUGCCUCGCCCGCCGCAGCGCCGGCUGCUGCCGCUGCUGGCGGCGGCGGCGGCACGGGGCCGGUGACGGCGGAGGACGUGAUUGAGCUGCUGCGCAAGCAGCCCACAGGCUCCAUGCCGUUCCAGGACUUCACCCGCCACUUCAUGAAGCGAACCACCACACCAGAGCUGCGCGCGCACCUCAAGACGCUAACUGUGUCGCUCUGCAAGAGCAGCAAGACCGCUGCGGGCGUGUUGAUGGUGGAGCUCAAGCCCGAUAAGAAGUAAGAAACACAGCAGGCUUCAGUGCUGGUGUCGGUGUUGUUCGAGGUGUGUCAUGGUUACACUGAGUUGCAGUUACAGUAAGGGUGGUGGUGGUAACAAUAAGGUGAAGGGGCCGUGGCGUGUGUACGGUAAGAGGUGGGUGAGCGGAGCUGGUCCUGGGAAGGUUCGCAUAGGUGGAGGAGACUGCAUAUGGGGCCCGUGCGCAGCCUUCUCGCCCCCUGCUUUGCGACUGGUGUGACUCGCUGCCCGUUCAAUAGCAAUAGCCAGCGACUUGCUCCAGGACCAAGUUUGAGUGGUAGCGAGAGCUACCGGUUUGGACUCUUGAGGUGAGCACCAACCGUGGUGCCUGUUGGGGUGUGGUUAACCCGACUCGCGCUGCUGGCGGAGCAUAGACCCGGCAGCCCCCUCGGUCCCCUCGGACGGGCUGAUUGAUACUAGCGAUCGUACCGUAUGACUGAGGUAUAGGCGGUUGGAGCAAGCGGGAGGCGAUGGGGGAGACAGUGGGCGCAAUUUCGACUUUGCGGGGGUUUGACACCUGGUGCACGCGGGGGCCGUGUCGUCGGUCAGUCAAACUCGUGCCCGAACAGCCGUGCAGCGUGUAUGCGUGUGCGUAUUAUUGUAAACAGCAUGCUAAAAGCCCUUGAGCCGAACAAGUUUUGGGGAAUGAAUUGAUGACUAACGAAACAGGAAGUCUUGUGGGCAUCGGCGUCGAUCGGGCUGCAAAGCGCAGUCUUCAUGCAUGUGCCUAUGCAAGCAACUUAUCAUAACACACGUACGUAACGCUGAACUCUUGCUUGGUAACGGAGCUCUUGAGUUCCCCUACUUCACUGCUUCGCACUUACGGUCGCGUACUACGCCGUGCGCACCGCUUGGAGCUUCAUAUGAUUACUUGUAUAACUUACAGCAUUUU